UUUCUCUCUGACCUUCAGAGCAUCCGCAUUUGAACAGAUACCCUUCUUCAUUGUUUCGCUUUCACACUGGGCUCUGUGUGUUUUUCAGAUAUCUGUGUUUCUGACAAAUCUGAAUAUCUGAUUUUCAGGAACAAAAACGUGGCCCCAUCAUUACUCUCUGUAUCGCAAGCGUGACGCAUGGACACUGACAUCGCGCACACUUCUCGAUGAGAAGCGUCUCUUUUCUUUUUUUUGCGGCACAAAGUUAAAGUUAUACAAGUGAUUUUUUAAAUCUUUUUCUUUUACGUGUAGGCCUAUCAGAUUUUUGUUUCAAGGAUGCUCGUCUUCACUUGGAAUAGAUGCUGUGCGGUGCUGUUUCUCGUCGCUUCACUGAAGACGGGCACAACCCAGGUAUCAGAGGCGCGCCCGAAGGCGAAUUUAAUCAAGCCAGCUCUGUUGGGAGGGACACCUACUCCCGCUCCAAACCGCUCCGAAACUGUCCACCUCGGGAUCACCAAGAAAUAUAACAUCCUUGCGCAGGUGUCUCCAUGCAGCAAUGAUAAGGAGUGCAGCGUGGGAAGCUACUGCCACAGCCCUCAAAAAGCUGCCUCUCGCUGCCUCACCUGCCGCAAGCGGAAGAAGCGCUGCCAUCGAGAUGCCAUGUGCUGUCGUGGGAACCGAUGCAGGAACUAUAUGUGUGUCCCUAUCUCUGAGAGUGUGCUCUCGCCUCACAUCUCGGCUUUAGCCAAACAUAAUAAACUCUCCACCAAAGACCACAGCUGGAGAAAGACUGGGAAGCCACAUGCUAAGCAUUCUCUCAAAGGGCACGAGGGUGACCCUUGCCUGCGCUCGUCUGAUUGCUCGGAGGGCUUCUGCUGCGCCCGCCAUUUCUGGACCAAAAUCUGCAAGCCGGUGCUGAGGCAGGGAGAGGUUUGCACCAAGCAAAGGAAGAAAGGCUCUCGCGGCCUGGAAAUCUUUCAGCGCUGUGACUGUGCCAAAGGCCUUUCCUGCAAGGUGUGGAAAGACGCCACCUCCUCGUCCAAGUCCAGGCUCCACAUGUGCCAGAAGAUCUGAAGCAGGGGCAGCUGCUUUCGGCGUCGAGGCCUCUGUCUUCAUCUGCCAGGGAAAGAUUUUUAAAGGAUGGUUUGUGGCUGUAUUGAAAAGGAGUAAAAGACACAGACUAACAAGAGAAAGAACAGACUGUGUCGGUUUAAGCUCGCUAUUUGGAGAGUGAGUGGGCUUGCUUUGAGGAGUUUGCUGCGAGUGGUCCAUCCCUGCACCUACACACAAACGCACACACACACACACACACACACACACACACACACAUACGCCAUGGGUCCGUGAGAUUAAUGAGCUCACAGAUACAAUCAUCUUUUUAGAAAAUCUUGUUACAUUCAGGGAGCCACAAGGUUAGCCAAUAUAUGCUGUGAUAGGUGUGAACCUUUUCGAGAAUGAGGAAAUAGACAUAGCAGUCUUUUAUUAAGCCUCAACUUAUAAUAAUAAUAAUAAUAAUAAUAAUAAGACUGAUAGAUAGACUAUUUAUAGACAAGCCAUAUGUUUACUGCACAGUACACUCUUUACCCAACCCCAAAGUCAAAGAUCUGAUGUGUGUAAUGCUGUGUUUCAUUACUGGCUCUGCCGUGUCUGUUUUGUCAGAUUUCUAUUUCUCACUCCACUUGGUGUUUUUUUUAAGUAUUGAGGAAUUUAGUUAUUGCGACCAGUAACAAUGUCCAGACCCACAAAAUACCAGUUAUAUCAUAUGAGGAACUUAUUUCAUACACAGUUCACUCCAGAGCUUGACUUGUGUAACAGCAUCCCGAGACUUCAAUAAUACCCUUAAACCAAAGAAUGAAACAAUCUUCACAUCAGAGUGAUGAGAUUCAUCUGGGGUAUUAGCUUCUUGCCCUGAUUUUUAGCAAGAUAAAGUAUUGUGUCCGUUGUGGAAACCUUGUUUGAUCUGUCAGAUACAGCUGCAAUCUAUUGUGAUACAACUGUGUAUGUUAAAACAGUUUGCACUGAGGUAGCGCUCUGCUUUAGACUUAGUGGUUUCCAUACCAGACCAGAGGAUGGUUCUGCUUUUCCAAUCACAUGAAUCCCAUCAAGGAUACCAGGGCAAUGUUUUCCAUUUGCAAAGCCAGUAGGAAAGAGAUGUGAGAAGAUUGAUUCAACUAACAAAAAGGCUCCAUGAUCCUGAUGUCUUCGAGGAGAUUUUUAGUUUGAAUCAACAUUAUGUUGAUGGCACUCAGACCUGUUUAUUUUUUUGUUUUUCAAAUAUGACUGCAUACUUUCUACUUUCUACAGUUGUGUUGUACUGAAGGUGAACUAAAUGCUUUUCCACCUCAGUACAAAUUCUUUAAACAUUCACUUGUUACCUACAUAUUCAAUAUAUCACAUUUGCCUCUUUUUGCUUUAAUGUUCUUAGAGCAUCAACUACACAUUAUUUUGUAAUCAUUUAAAAAUAUCAAUAAGCUCUUAUAUUGUAAAUAGAUUGGAAACAAUAAAAUGUAUUUAAGAAUCAAUGUAUAUCAUGUACAUAUAAUAAAAAUAUGAAUCUUAAACAUUGCAGCAAAGUUAUCUAGGUGAGAAGAGUAAUGAGGGAUGAAAUGGGACGAGCAAAGUUGGAUAGAUUCAAAAUAAUGUAGUUGAAAUGAUAAAAAGCUGUAUUAACCAGAGGCGAAAACAUAGAUAGCUUUGACGGUUAUUACAGACUGGAUGCAUCAAAAUGAUAUUUCAAAGAGGAGAAACAAGCACAUUCAUUUUCAAAAUUGUUUGCGUAAAUGAUGUCAAGAUUUAUAUCUCACUAAAUAUUGUCUGUGUUAAUACUUUGGAUUUGUUUCGUGUAUUUACGAUGAUGACUGAAUAAAAAGAAUGUAUUUUG